GGGUAGGUUAGAAGAAGAAGAAGAGGAGGACAGAAAGAUAGGGAAAGCGAGUGAUAAUAAUGGACAGGACAGAAUCCUUAAAGAUUCAUGACCCCCUCUACAUCUUUCUCUCUUUACGACAUAUACUAAUAAUAAAAUAAAUUCACCAAUUAUAUCUCUAAUUUAAUCAUCAUCAUCAUCAAAAGAUAGAGUAAAUACAAUUUACAUAUUAUAUGAUGAUGAUUCACCAUCUCCCCAGUCCCAACCCAAAAAAAUCAAUCCCAGAAAAAAAGCAGCACAAGGAUUAAGGAAGCCCCACCCCCUCUGUCUUUUUCCAACUCUUUUAGCCCUUUCCGCCACCUCUGUUCCUUUCUCUGUUCGUUGAUUUUUGUCGUUGUGUGUGCUCUUUGAUUCAUGCUCUGUUCCCCCAAAACGUUCUACCAAUGUAGUAUAUGAUCAUCAUCAGUUCUGAUAGAUAGUAAGUAGCGACUCCGGACUGGUCAUCCCCCGAAUUGAUCCAUCGUACAAAACACAUCGAUUACCGUUCACCCCCCUUUCCUUUUUUUUGAUUCCUUCGUUCAUAGCUGUCAUCAAGAACAACAAAUCCAUUCAUCCCUCAAUUCAUCCCCUGUUUCUAUUGUCGGUUCUUUGAUGAUGUGAAAUCUGAAAAUACAAGCCAACUUUUUAAAAGGGCCAAAAAAAAACACAUCAAAGAAGAUGGAGGUUCAAGGUAGGCACAUGUAUUCUUCUUCUGAUACGAAUAACAUGCUGCGGCUGCAUCAUCCUGGAUUCUCUUUGGGCGGUAUCAACCCAGAUUUGUUGUCCCCACAUCAUCACCAUUCCACUCCUGAUUUUGGGGUUGCAACCGGAUUCCGACCACCAAAGCCAACGGCCCACAUGCAAGAUUUCCCCUCAAACCACAUUAAUCCCGGCAACCCUGUCUCUAGUCCUUGCCCGUUAAUAGCACCAAAUCCAAAUUUGGUGGCGGCCCAGAUGGAGGCUCAUCAAUUAGAGACGGACCUCUUACUCACUCUACAGGUAAUCACCUCCUUAGUUUCAAACCAAAUUCCCAGCAUUUUUUUUCUAAUCUUAUUUUCUAUUUUAAUUUAUUGGUGAAUACUGGCACGAAAACGUUUUUUAAAAAACACACACACACAGUACGAGCGAUUGAGAAGGGGUGUGCAAGAGCAGAGGAAGCAUGAGCUGGGGGAAAUCAUAAAGUGGUACGAAAGGAAAGCCCGUUCAUUACUCCAACAGAAAGACGAAGAAAUCGCCAGAGGGUUGAAUCGGAUGGUGGAACUGGAGCAGUUGCUGAAAGGGAUCAAGGCCCAGAAUGCAUCGUGGCAAAGGGUGGCCAAACAAAACGAGGCGGUCAUAACCUCUGUCAACCACACCAUUCAACAGCUCCAAUGCCAACGGCAGGAAGGCGGCGCCGCGGUGGUGGAGGAUGCAGAAUCAUGCUGUACGGGUACCGGGGACGCAGAAGGAAGAAAUAAAUGCAGGAGAUGCAAGGGUCGAAGUGCGUGCGUGAUAUUGCUGCCAUGUAGGCACCUUUGCUGUUGCUCUCAUUGCGUGCCUUUCAUUGGUUGUUGCCCCUUGUGUGGUGUCCUCCCCACGUCUUCUCUUCAAGUUCUCUUUUACUAGCUAGGAUUCAUUAACUAUUAUGCUCCCUUACUUAAUUAGACUUUUAUUUCGCUUAUUUUUAUUUGUUGACGCUGAUCUGACUCUACCUUUUUUAAGGAGACAAGCCUAGAUUAGCAGUAGUUUGACUGGUACGUAGGUUACUUAUCAGUGGAAUUAUGCGGUACACACACAAUUUGGCAGACAUAAAUGACCUGGGGAGUCAAUUUUGGACAAGAACUAGAAGCUGAAUUACUCCCUCUGUCUCAAAAUUAUUGUGUAGUUUGAAAUUUUAUUUUUAGUAUAAUUUCAACAAAAAAUAAAAUUUCAAAUUGAACAAUAAUUACAGGACGG